ACUAGGUGCGGCGUGCUGCAUAGUUGUUGACCGGGCUCUGGGGAAACGUGAUUACUUGCAGUCUCCGCCUGCCACAGGUGGCCUGCCCACGUCGAGUCCUGCGCGGAGAUGGCAGACGAUCUGGGAGACGAGUGGUGGGAGAACCAGCCGGUUGGAGCAGCCAGCAGCCCAGAAACAUCAAAUGAUGAAGGCGAAGACACAGAAGUUAUGCAGCAGGAGACAGUUCCAGUUCCUGCACUGUCAAAGAAAACCAAUCAGCCUAAAGAAUGUUUCUUGAUAGAACCAAGGGAAACAAAAGAGGAUACCACCAAGACCAGGAAAAGGAGAAAGAAGAAAAUUACUGAUGUUCUUGCAAAAUCAGAGCCCAAACCAGGGACACCUGCAGACCUGCAGCAGCUGAUGAAGGACUAUUACAGCAGCAGUCGUUCCGUGAUUGAAUUAGAAGAACUGAGCCUGCCAGAGUCCUGUUUCCUCACAGCCAAUGAUUUGACUCACAGUCUUUCAUCAUACCUAAAAGAAAUCUGUCCUAAGUGGGUAAAACUUCGGAAAAACCACAGUGAGAAGAAAUCAGUCCUGAUGCUGAUCAUCUGCAGCUCUGCCGUCCGAGCCCUGGAGCUCAUUAGGUCAAUGACAGCAUUCAGAGGAGAUAGCAAAGUUAUGAAAUUAUUUGCAAAACACAUAAAGGUCCAGGAACAGGUAAAAUUGCUGGAGAAGCGUGUGGUGCACCUGGGUGUAGGAACUCCAGGGAGAAUUAAAGAACUUAUUAAACAAGGUGCCCUUAAUUUGAACCCCUUGAAGUUUCUGGUUUUUGACUGGAACUGGAGAGAUCAGAAGUUGAGGAGAAUGAUGGACAUUCCCGAGAUAAGAAAGGAGGUGUUUGAACUUCUGGAAAUGGGAGUACUCAGUCAGUGCAAAUCAGAAUCUUUGAAGCUGGGCCUAUUCUAAGUCCUACUGAAGAUUCCAAUUUCACAGGAGAAUUUGCAGCAAAUUUAGUGACUCGGACACACUGCAAGCACUCGGUAAAUGUCAGUUUUUAGCUUAUUAUGUUAACUUCAUCAGCAAACGCACCACUGAAAUGUUUGAUAGAAAUUCUUUAACAGAAGUGAAUCUGUCCCUUUGCCAACACCCUGUAUAAUAAAGCAUCACUGGCUUCUGU